AAGACACUUUCUUUUAUCUUUGCUCUGGAUCUGCCGAGUGAAAGCGCAGGAAGAAUAAUGUGUAACACUCUGAGAUGCUAAGGUGUAUGCGGUGCUGUAGCAUGCUGGAUCUGAUUCAUAACAUGAUGUUCACUACAAAAGCUUGUCGAGUGUCAACCCGACAGUAAAGAUGAGACCAUGGUUCCGGUUCUGACCUCGAAGAAAGCCAGUGAACUACCUGUGAACGAGGUUGCCUGUGCACUGCAGGCUGACCUGCAGUUUGGUCUCAACCGGGAGGAGGUUGAACGACGCCGCACAUACCACGGGUGGAACGAGUUCGACAUCAGUGAAGAUGAACCACUCUGGAAAAAAUAUCUCUCUCAGUUUAAAGACCCACUCAUCCUGUUGCUGCUGUCGUCCGCUGUUAUUAGUGUGCUGAUGCGACAGUUUGACGAUGCCGUCAGUAUCACCGUGGCCAUUAUUAUCGUUGUUACAGUUGCCUUUGUACAGGAAUACCGCUCAGAAAAAUCCCUGGAGGAGCUUGGUAAACUUGUGCCUCCAGAAUGCCAUUGUAUUCGAGAAGGACAUCUGGAGCACCUGCUGGCACGAGAGCUUGUACCUGGAGACACCGUCUGUCUGUCAGUCGGAGAGAGGGUCCCAGCUGACCUGCGCCUUUUCGAGUCCACAGAUCUGGCAGUUGACGAGUCCAGUUUGACAGGUGAAACGACCCCCUGCACCAAGACCUCUGCCCCUCAACCGGCUGCCACCAAUGGCGAUAUCGCUUCCCGCAGUAACAUUGCCUUCAUGGGGACGCUGGUGCGCUGUGGGAAAGCCAAGGGCAUUGUCAUAGGCACUGGAGAAGAUUCAGAAUUUGGUGAAGUGUUUAAAAUGAUGCAAGCGGAAGAGGCUCCUAAAACCCCAUUACAGAAAAGCAUGGAUUUGCUGGGAAAACAGCUCUCGCUUUAUUCCCUGGGGAUAAUCGGGGUGAUCAUGUUUGUCGGGUGGCUUCAGGGAAAGUACAUUCUGGACAUGUUCACCAUAGGUGUCAGCCUGGCUGUGGCUGCAAUCCCAGAAGGCCUUCCCAUCGUGGUGACGGUGACUUUGGCAUUAGGAGUAAUGAGGAUGGUGAAGAAAAGGGCGAUCGUUAAGAAAUUACCCAUAGUGGAGACGCUAAGCUGCUGUAAUGUGAUCUGCUCAGAUAAAACAGGCACUCUCACUAAAAAUGAGAUGACAGUCACUCAUCUGUUCACCUCUGAUGGCCAGCACGCUGAGGUCACUGGCAUCGGGUACAAUAACUCUGGAGAGAUUUUAAUGGAUGGAGAAGUGGUGCAUGGCAUCUCCAACACCUCCAUCAGCAAGAUCGUGGAGGUUGGCUGUGUGUGCAAUGAUGCCAUGAUCAGACACAAUACUCUGAUGGGUCGUCCCACAGAAGGCGCGCUCAUCGCACUGGCUAUGAAGAUGGGUUUGGAGGGACUGCAGCAUGAGUUUGUGAGACUGGAGGAGAUACCCUUCACUUCAGAGCAGAAGUGGAUGGCUGUCCGGGUUGUUCAUCGCACUCAGAGGGAUAAGCCUGGCUUGUUUUAUGUAAAGGGCGCCUAUGAGCAGGUCAUCCGCUUCUGUACAUCCUACAACAGCAAAGGCGUCACUAUGCCUCUGAACAAUCAGCAGAGAGACUUCUACCAACAGCAGAAGAGCUACAUGGGCUCUGGCGGUCUUAGAGUGCUGGCGUUUGCUUCUGGAUCUGAGAUGGGCUCUCUUACCUUCCUUGGGCUGGUGGGCAUCAUUGACCCUCCCAGAGCGGGAGUGAAGGAGGCGGUGGCCACGCUGAUCAGCAGUGGAGUGGCCGUGAAGAUGGUUACAGGCGAUUCAGAAGAAACAGCGGUGGCAAUUGCCAGUCGACUGGGCCUCUACACCAAAGGUUCACAGUGUUUGUCUGGAGAUGAAGUUGACCAGAUGGACAUCCAGCAUCUCUCACAGAUAGUGCACAGGGUAGUUGUGUUCUACAGAGCCAGUCCUAGACACAAGUUAAAAAUAGUCAAGUCUUUACAGAACAUCGGUGCGGUUGUGGCCAUGACAGGGGACGGUGUUAAUGAUGCAGUGGCUCUGAAGGCAGCAGACAUCGGCGUGGCAAUGGGUCAAACUGGCACUGAUGUGUGCAAAGAGGCAGCAGACAUGAUCCUUGUGGACGACGACUUCCAGACUAUCUUGUCUGCCAUAGAAGAAGGGAAAGGGAUUUACAACAACAUUAAGAACUUUGUGCGCUUUCAGUUGAGCACGAGCAUCGCUGCCCUCACCCUCAUCUCGCUGGCGACGCUUUUGAACUUCCCCACCCCUCUGAAUGCCAUGCAAAUCCUCUGGAUCAACAUCAUCAUGGACGGCCCGCCAGCCCAGAGUUUGGGAGUGGAGCCUGUGGACUGGGACGUGAUCAGGAAACCCCCGCGUAACGUCCGGGACAGCAUCAUCACACGCAGUCUGAUAGUGAAAAUCCUGGUGUCGGCCUUCAUCAUCGUCUGCGGGACGCUGUUUGUGUUCUGGAGAGAACUGCGGGACAAUGAGAUCACUCCACGGGACACCACCAUGACGUUUACCUGUUUUGUGUUCUUCGAUAUGUUCAACGCUCUCAGUUCCAGAUCACAGACGCGGAUGGUGCAUGAGAUGGGCUUAUGCAGUAACAGGAUGUUCUGCUAUGCUGUUCUGGGCUCCAUUAUGGGCCAGCUUUUGGUCAUCUACUUCCCUCCCCUGCAGAGUGUCUUUCAAACGGAGAGCCUCAGCAUUUUAGAUCUGCUGUUACUAUUUGGCCUCACGUCCUCCGUGUGCGUGGUGUCUGAGAUUAUAAAGAAAAUAGAGAGACUCCGAUGUGGCAGCGAAAAAAUGUCAGACAUGGACAGUGAGUUCCAUGAUGUAUGACACACAUUGUGUCCCGAUCAGGCUGGGGCACGUGCUGUGGAAUAUGGCUUGGACAGUUCUCAAACCAUAUAAACAGUUCGGAGCAACUAGUCUGGUCCCACUUGUACGUAAGGUCCUACUUUAAGGUGGAGACCAGCAGCUGAUGGUGGAGCGGUGGCCUGGUCCUGGCUGAAAUGUCAUCUCCGACAUGCUUUAGUGGAGAUGUUGUGGUGUGCUGCUUUAAGACUGUACUACUACCCAUAGCAUCUGGGCCAACUUCUUUAUUUAUGAGAUACUGUAUCUGUCCAUACAGUGGCUGUCUUGAUUUCAUGAUUGAAGGGAUUUAUUUUUUAACAUUAUCAUUAUCCUAUUAAAAUGAUUUUGUGUCUUUCACAUCUUCUGUUGAAACAUUUCUGGUUAGAGGUUUGUGGAACAAUAUGGAUGAUGCCUUUUUGCAUUCCGGUUUUCCAAAUUAUGCUUGAAUAAUCAGCGAUAUUGCUUUCGGAGGAGGUUGUGUGCUCUUAAAGGGAUAGUUCACCCAAAACUGAAAAUGUGCUUGCCCUUAAGAGGUUCCAAAUCUCUUUUCCCCUCGUUGAAACUAAAAAGAAGAUAUUCUGAAGAAUGUUGACUGAUUGUACCCAUUGACUUCCAUAGUAAUUUUUUUUACAAUUGAAGUAAAAGUGGGUACCAUCGACCAACAUUCUUAAAACUAUCCCAAAAAUGAAAAUGUGCUUGCCCCCCCUUGAAACAGAAAAGAAGAUAUUCUGAAGAAUGUUGGAAACCGGUAGUCAUUGACAAGCAUUUUAGGAAAAAGAAUUCAGUGGAAAUCAAUGACUUAAAGCAUUCUCUGAUUUAUCUUCUUUUAUGUCAAAGGGAUAGUUCACCCAAAAAUGAGAAUUACCUCAUCAUAUACUCUUCCUCAUUUGGUUUAAAACUUAUUUAACUGCCUUUCUUCUGUUAAACAGAAAAGAAGAUAUUUAAAGAAUUUUGCUUGAUGGUACUCAUUGACUUCCAUUUCAUAAAAAAUGAAAAUGUGCUCGCCCUUAAGUGUUUCCAUUCCCCCCAGCCCCCCCUCCAAUUGAAACAAAAAAGAAGAUAUUUUAAAGAAUGUUUAUUGACUGUACCCAUUGACUUCCAUAAUAUUUUUUUUCUACUAUCAAUGGGUACCACCAACCAACAUUCUACAAAAUAUCCCAAAAUGAAAAUAGGCUUACCCUUAAGUGGUUCUAAAUAUUUUCCUUUCCAUUGCAACACCAAAGAAGAUAUUCUGAAAAAUGUUGGUUGACUGUACCCAUUGACUUCCAGAAUAUUUUUUUUCUCUACAGUUCAAGUCAAUGGGAACCAUCAACUAACAUUCUACAGAAUAUGCCUAAAUGAAAAUGUGCUUGCCCUAAAGUGGUUCUAAAUAGCCCCCAUUGAAACAAAGAAAAAAAGAUAUUCUGAAGAAUGUCAGAAACCGGUAGUCAUUGACAAUCAUAAUAGGAAAUAAUAUUCUGUGGAAGUCCGUGACAAAUAUUCUCUGAUGUAUCUUUUUUUGUGUUAAAGCUAACACCCAAAAUGAGAAUAAUCUCAACAUUUCCUAAUGUGGUUUAAAAUUUGUAUGAGUUGCUUUCCUCUGUUGAACACAAAAAAAAGAUAUUUUGAAGAAUGUUGUCUGAUUGUACCCAUUGACUUCCAUAACAAUUUUUUUUCCUACUAUUGAAGUCAAAGGGUACUCAACCAUCAUUCUUCAAAGUAUCCCAAAAAUGAAAAUAUGCUUGCCCCUAAGUGGUUCCAAAUCUUUUUUCCCCAUUAAAACAGAAAAGAAGAUAUUUUGAAGAAUAUUAGAAACCUGUAGUCAUUGACAAUCAUAAUAGGAAAUAAAAUUCUGUGGAAGUCAAUGACUUAAAACCAUUCUCCGAUGGAUCUUCUUUUGGGUUAAAAGGAUAGAAGAAUGCUCAUUGCCCAUUGACUUUCUAAGCAUUUUUUUAAGAAGAUAUUUUGAAGAAUGUUGGUUGACGGUACACAUUGACUUCCAUUGUAAUUUUUUUUACCUACUAUAAAAGUCAAUGGGUACCAUCAAUCAACAUUCUUCAAAAUAUCUUCUUAAAAAAUUAUGAAAGUCAAUGGGGCGUUCAUUUAAUGAGCAUUCUUCAAAAUAUCUUCUUUUGUGUUUUUAACUGAAGAAACUUAAAUAGGAUUUGAAUAAGCGAAGGUUUAAUUUUUGGGUAAACUAUCCCUUUAAAAAAAGACUUUAAACAAGCAAACAGCCAGUAAAUGAUAAUUAAGUAUUUAUUUUGGGGUGCACUAUCCCUUUAAAAAUCUCAUGUUCUGAGCCACAGUGAGACUUGAGUUGUGAAUUGAGACCUUUAUGGAGUGCUUAGCCACCACAUAAUGUACUUACGGACCAUUUAGUGAGCACUGUUUUACAAGGAUGCCAAAUUCACCAUGCAACAGGCACUGUUCAGAGUCUAAACUAUUGCAGAUAUUCUCAAAUUCUUCUUUCAGGAUCCUGCGUCAGGAGAUUACAGGGUCACACUUUAUGAAGACCUUUAAGGUACAUGCACUACUAGUUUUAUGCCCUUAUAUAAGACUGAUGGUUUAAACAACUGGCUUGUACAAUUACUUAUCAGUUUUGUUCAUAGUAUAAGUUCUAUAUUAUUGCUUUCCUUGUGUUAAUACACUGGUAUCAGGGCUAUCUGAAAUAAGAUGCUUUUGCCUUUUCAUCUUACUUCGGUUCUUUCCUAUAGUGUUAUUUAUUUGUUUAGGUGGACGCUUAGUAUUUGCAGUUGUUGGUUAAGCAGAUGCUCAUUUUGGGUGUACAGAAAUGUCCUAAACGCCCGUCUCCCUCGACCGUGCUCAGUGCGGCCCACCAGCAUUGUCUUAUUUCCAUCUGCCAACACUGUAUCUGUUUACUAAGGUACAGGUAAAGAUUUGAUUAUUCUUUUUUUUGCAGUAUGUGAUCAUAUUUCUCCUUUGUAAUGCAGAUAGUGGUUCUUUAAGGUUACGUCGUCCAUUAUUUAUUAAUCGGUGCGAGUACUUUUCUGCCCGUUGUGUUUUCUAGCAUUGCUGUUGCUUUGAAAACAAUGUAAUACACUGACCUUAUAAAAUGAAGUGUAAUGGGUUAAAAACAACAACAUUUUUUUUUGUUUGAUGUUUUUGGGGGGUUUUCUUUUACAUUUUUAAGAUUGUAUUUAUUAUAUUGUAGUUUGCACAGCUGAAAUCAGUAAUCUGUUGUGGUCAUUUCAGAACACAAUUGUACAAUAAAAUUUUUACAAAUUUAAAAACUAAAAAAAAA